AUGACACAAGAUCGGGCUACAUAUGAAUAUAUUAAUGAUAAAUCACCACUGAUAACUGAAUCCAUUUAUAAAAAUCCAGUUUUUCAUGAUUAUCAUGAAGAUACAACAAAACUACCACUACUAAAUAAUUCAUUAUCAUCAAAUAAUAUUGAACAAUCACCUUACGAAGAAGUAGCUGUUAAUAUAUCAAAUACAGAUGAUCCAACAACAUUAUGUCUUACAGUUCGUUCAAUAUUUAUUGGUAUUCUAUUAACAUGUCUUAUGGGAUUUAUAUCUCAAUUUUUUUCUUUUCGUACAUCACCAUUAGAUCUUAAUAUUGGUAUUAUUAUAUUACUUGCAUAUUUGCUUGGCAAAUUAAUGUCAAAAAUAUUACCGGAGCGUCUAUGUCAUAUAAAAUUAAAUCCGGGUCCAUUCACAUUUAAAGAACAUGCUAUUAUUACAAUAAUGGCUGCAUCAGGAACACGUACAGGUGAAGGUGUUGAAACAAUAAUAAUUCAACGUCUGCAUUAUAAACAUCAUCUUAAUCAUGUUAAUUCAGUGUUAUUUUUAAUAACAAUGCAUUUUAUUGCUAUUUCAAUAUCGGGUGUUUUGAGAAGAUAUCUUAUAUGGCCAGCUUUUAUGAUAUGGCCAAAAACAUUAAUGAGUUGUUCUUUAAUCCGUACAUUAGUUAAUGAAGAUGAAUUUAAUAAAGAUAAUUCUCGAUGGAAAAUGUCACGUUCGAAAUGUUUUUGGUUAAUUGUUUUAUUUCAAUUUGUUUGGUAUUGGUUUCCCGGUUAUAUAUUUCCUCUUUUAUCAUUUUUUUCAUUAAUUUGUUUCAUGGCACCUAAAAAUAUUAUUCUUUCACAGAUAACAGGUACAUAUGGACUUGGUUUAGGUGCGAUAGAAUUCGAUUGGAAUGCUUUGGUAGCUUAUUUAGAUUCACCUAUUCUUGUACCAUUCUGGGCACAUGUAAAUAUUUUCAUUGGAUUUAUAGUUGUUGUUUGGAUUGUAACACCGAUUUUUUAUUAUGUAAAUGUUUGGGAUUCGCAAAAAAUGCCUAUUAUUUCAAUUAGAGUUUUUGAUAAAGAUGGUUAUUUUUUUAAUACGACUGAAGUAUUGACCAAAGAUCUUCGUUUGAAUAAUACUGCCUAUGAAGCCUAUGGUGACUAA